AAUUUGGAGCGCUCCACUAUAUUUAUUUACAUUUGCAAACACCAGGAGCCCAACACGCGCUCGGAGCAACGCCGCCCAACAUGGAUCAAUCACUUCAGCCAGCGCCAUCUUAUUUUCAGGCGAUGCUGGAUCGCGGCACGAAACGAAACGUCGACGAACCUCAACUGCAGCUCGGAUUGCAGGAUAUCGCGCGCAAAGUGAGGAAGUUGGGUAAAGGCGGACCAUCAUCCCACUUAGCAAAUGACACAAAGGCGCAUUACCUGCUCUCUGCCUCGGGAGUCAACACCAGCAAAGCGAUUGCCGAACUGGAAGAGCUUGUCGGAACAACCGCGCACGAGGCUCCUGGUACAACCGUGAAUGGCGGAGUGAAGGAAGCGUUGGCGCAACAAUAUCAGAGUGACUUUCAAAAAAUGGUUGAUGGACACAUCAAACGUGCGCACGAGGAUUUUGACAAGAUGAUCGAGGAGCGAUUGCACGGAAUCGACUGGGACGCACAUCGCCAGCGUAUCUACGAGCAUUUUGGUUUGAAGCGACCACAGAAUUCAACGUCAGCAUCUGCUGCCGACGGCCUUGCAGGUCAGAGCAGUUUUGGACGUUCGAACCGGCACUCUAGAUUUGGCGGUGGUGCAUCAGGUGCAGGUCGCUCAGCUUAUGGCGUUUCCGGCAUCUCGAAGUCCGUCAUUGGGACGCCUGGUCCGCGGGGUGCUCACAGCAGCGUAUUUGGCGAUAUGUCUGACAGAUUGCCAGAAGGCUCGCGCCCUGCACACGAGGACAGCUUGCAGCGGAAAAAGCAAGGGUUGUAUUCUGAUCGAAUCAAGGACCUGAACGUCGCCCGGCUGCAGAAAGGAGCAUACCCUAUUCUCACUCGAUUUGCGGAAGUAGAAAAUGAGCCAUCCAACGAGGAUACCACCAUGCUUGUCAAUGCUUAUCAAGCGCUGAUCGACAUCACUGGAGAAGACGCGCGCAAAACAAGUGUCUCGGAGCCUGGUGUUGUGAAGGAGCGUCAAUUCAUGAAUAGUUACCUGGACGAGAAUCCCAAUUCGCCUCAGCAAAUGGCUAUUCGCAAGCGUAUCAUAGACGGAUCUCGGAAAUUUCUCGAGAAUAACUUUUUCGCUCAAUUAGAAACUGUCGUGAAUAAGAACCCCAGGGAGGCGAACAUGGGCGGUGUCCCUACCUCGCUCGCAAAGGUCAAGGGUUUCGUUAGAGUGCGCGCGGCGCGUAAAGAGCUUGGGCCUGAUAUCGAAAGUCUGCAGGAGGUCAACGGCGAUUACUGCUGGGCCGUGAUCUUCUACCUACUGCGUAGUGGCCUGUUUCAGGAAGCGCUUCAAUACGUUGAGGAGAACAUUGCAGCAUUCCGGCAGAUUGACCGUUCGUUCAUCGUCUAUCUCCAGGCCUAUGUCAACAGCGAUGAUCGGAGACUCCCAGAAAAGUUGAGUACAAGUAUCGAAAAUGAGUAUUCAUCACGCCGACGAUUGGGCCCUCAGGACGCUAUCGACCCCUACAAGAUGAUGUGCUGCAAAAUCAUUGGCCGCUGCGAGCUGGGUCGCAGAUCUCUAGACGGAAUCACCAACGACAUGAUGGACUGGAUCUGGCUGCAGUUUGCGCUCGCGCGAGAAUCCACUCGGGCUGACGAAUUCCAGCACCAAUCCUUUGGUCUGGAAGAUGUGCGACAUGCCAUUAAGGACAUUGGUGACCGUUACUUCGGCUCUGGCAGUGAAAUCGCGAACGCGCCCACGACAUUUUUCUUCAUGCAGAUUCUCGCUGGCAUGUUCGAGAAAGCUGUCGCAGAUCUCUAUCCUCACAAUUACGUCUCGGCCGUGCACUUCGCGAUCGGGCUCGACUUCUAUGGACUGUUGCGUGUUAGCGAUAUCAGCAACAGCGACGAUCUCCUGACCACCACAACUAGACAGCAAUCUCAGAUCGCAUUUGGUAGCAUGGUCGGAUUGUACACACGCGACUUCCGCACGGCCAACGCCAGCGCUGCAGUCGACUACAUCACCCUAAUCUGCCUGAACGCUGAUCUGACAGGUGAUAUCGGGAGAGCCCAGCGCGAGCUAUGUCACCAAGCUUUGGCUGAGGUAGUGCUGGAGACCCGCGAAUUUGCCCAGCUACUAGGUGACAUUCGCGCAGACGGCCAGCGCAUCAUGGGCGCAAUUGAAGCCCGACUACCGCUCAUUGGCUUGGCUGACGAGAGGGAGUUCCUGAAGCAUGUCACCCUCGUGGCUGCCAGAACCGCAGAAGAACAAGGGCGCGUGACUGAUGCAGCACUGCUCUACCAUCUGGCAGAAGAUUACAACAAAGUUUUACAAGUGGUCAAUGACGCAGUCUCACAAGCUCUUACGACGGACAUUGGCGAGAAGCCCGCUCGUUUGACACCUUUGAAACCGCGCGACACGAAUAGCCAAAACAACCUGGGAGAUGGUCAAAUACAAGCAAGCUUGAGCCUCACCGCAGUGGACGAUCCAAUUCAGCUUGCCAGAGAUUACAAGCAAUUAUAUAACAGUGAUGCUAUGUACUCAAAUCGCAUUGAGCGCAAGAACAGCGAAGCAUGCGAGGUCCUCUUGCAACUGGCAGAGGCGCGUCGGUUGUUAGAGGCCUGCCAGUGGUCGCAAGUCGUUGAUGCUGUCGCCAAAUCGGACAUUCUACCCACAAAUGUUGUCGAUGGUAGCAUAACGGCGAUCCGAAACAAGGCGCAAGCGUUUGAAGUAUUGCCAACAUGCAUUUCCCGCACUGUUGGUCAUGUCAUGGUAUGGACCGUCAUGUCGUGCAGCAAUCUUGCUGAGCGUUUGCGACGACAGGAGUUUGAGAAUGGCAUUCAGCAAUCCACCAUCCAGCGCUGUAUUCAGACAGCCAAGGAUGUCAUGGUAUUUGCUGGUCUUAUUCGCUACAAACUACCCGCCAGAGUCUGGGAGACGCUGGCAAGGGCAGGGCAAGACUUGAAUGCCUAUUAAAGAUUGGCACGGAGAAAUAGACAGUUUUAGUUGCGGUGAGAAUGUUUGUAUGAUGAAAUUGUAGGUGUUUGUAACACUAGUAAUAUUUCGACAUGAAACUGGAAUUUGUGUCGGAUUUGAAUUUGGCCAGGAAUCUGGUCAGAUGCCACUCGCGCUUAUUAUGCCUUUGUGUCCUGUUCCGAAACAAAUCUCCAUUCUCUACAGACGGUCAGAUUGCGUGCAAUUGUAUUGCAGUUGUUUCGACAUGCAAAGCAUAGACAAGCACAUCCUCAUUGCGACCGCAUAGAAACAUGUAUAUAUCAAAAUGUGGUUUAAAUGCAUCAUUGCCUUCUCAGAGGAUGAACAUUCCCCAAAGUCCAUUCGCACAUC